GGAGAGGAAGUUGGAUGUGUUCUUUGUGGAGACUGCUAAAAAAUGUAAAUUUGGACUUUUAGUUUUUCUUUUUAAAAAUAUGUUGCAAAGUAAAAAGAUUAAUAGAAAGUACUGUUCAUUUUUAGGCGUGCUGACUGUUAAACAAGCACAUUAUUCGUUCGUGAUUGAGUGCUACAAAUAAAGGGCUGCCAUCGCUCAUUUUUCCUACAUGAUUUGAAGGCAGCUGGUGCACUGCGUUCGGUUCCGCAGCAACAAUGGCUGCUAGCUGGCUAAUAUGGAGACCUGACCGAGGACGGUCCUUCAAACACGAAGGAAUAUUGGUCAUGUUGAUCAUGGACUUGGUUCUACAGUCAGUCAACGGAUAUUUGAGUUCCCCCCAUGUUGGUCAGGAGGCUCCCCACAGCAGAGAUGCCCAGCAUGGACCGGUCAUCACCAGCCCGGUGGUCCCCUCCGCCGCAUCCGUGGCCCCGACAGACAAAGAAAACUACACUUCUAAAUGUCCGAGUGGUGGUUUGUGUAGCCGUCUUCCAGCUGAGUGCAUUGAGUGUAAUUAUUACCAUAACUGCACCUACGGCAAACCUGCAGCUUUUACCUGUAAACCCAGAAAAGGAGUUCACUGUAUAGGAGAGUCAGGACAACAAGAAUCCCACUUUCUUCUCUCCAUCACCUGUCAGUUCUGCUGGCAGCUGGACCCGGCUCAGUACCGCUGCUCCAACUCCACCAACUGCAUGACCGUCUCCUGCCCACGGCAGCGCUACAACGCCACCUGUGACGUCUUAGAGCACGUGCAUUGUUUAGGACGAAGGCGUUUUCAGAAACGUCUCUUCUGUAAUUGGACUGGUGGAUAUAAAUGGUCGACAGCUCUGGCCCUCAGCAUCACUCUCGGUGGUUUUGGAGCAGACCGCUUUUAUCUGGGCCAGUGGAGAGAAGGUCUGGGCAAGCUGUUCAGCUUCGGAGGCCUGGGCAUUUGGACUUUGAUAGAUGUUCUCCUGAUUGGAGUGGGCUACGUGGGCCCCGCCGACGGUUCUCUCUACAUCUGAGGCCAAACCUCUGGAGAGCAGACUGGUUUGUGGCCUCCUCUGCUCCACGCUGCCCCAGUCUCAAAAGAUGGCAGAUUUGAGAUACUGUGUUCUCAGCACAUUCGCCCGCCCGAGCUCUCUGCUCCACGCGUCCUCAUCCCAUCUGCUAACAAGCAGGAAGUGUUUUCCGCCUCACACCAGCAAUGUCUCUUCCCACACGGCCAGCAGAUCAAUCCCAGUCAUUCUGCGUCCAUCUCCUGUUGGGGCUGUGCAGAUGGAGCUGUGCAGGAGGAGGAGAAGCCGGUGAUUAUGUGCAUCCAGUUGGUUAGAUUUAAGUGCUGGUUAAGCUCCGUUUUGCUGAUAGACAGCUUUGGUUUCCUGUGGAGCGGCGCUCUCGCAGACAUCCUGUCACCUCAGAGCACACACUGCUCCUCUUUCAUCGCAAGGUAGGCGCAUCGGUGAGGGUCAGAUCGUAACCAUAGCUACUGACUUUUUUUUUUUUUUUUUCAUCACACAAAAGAGAAUUUGAACGGUCACAUUUAUAAAACAUAAAAAUGCGGCGAGGAAGGUUUUUAUUGUCUUCAGGAUUUGUUUUUUUUUAUUCCUUUAAAAGAAAAUUCAGUCAACAGUUAUUUUUGAAGCUCCUUGAUUUCCUUUGAAGGAUCAGCCCACAAAUUCAUUGUUGUUUUUUUUCCAGUACCUAUUACUUAAAUGACUUUUCAAAACCUCCAAUUCAACUAUGAAAGUAAAGAGUUGAUGGAUGUUUUACAAACAAAAGAGGGAUGUGCUGGGUAGCAAAGGAGAAUAAGAAUCGGUGUCAUUGCUCGCUUCAGCAUGCAGCUUUAUUUGUGGAAAUAAUCUUGAGAAAAUGAAACACAAUCUUUUGCACUAACAAACUGCAGUAACUUGUGCUUUCUCACAUACAAAAAGCUACAUUUUUCCAAUUUUCUUUCUGUUUUUUCCUUUCCUCUGAAUGUACUAUCAUUUUGUGAGUGAGUGUAUUGAAUUAUUUAUUUAAGACCACUCAUUCUAUGUAAAUAUGUUUAUUUCUUUUCAGGGACUUCCUGUUGGAACUGUAAAUAUUGUCUAAGUUAUAUAAAUAAAAGAAAAAUGGACAAAAAACUGCUG